AGGGAAAGAUACAUACGUGAAAUGGGAAGUAAGGGAUUUGUGAUAUGUGCGCUGAUGGUGCUAAUGUGCACCAGGUGGGUGAAGGGUAAUGUAGAUUGUAGCACUGUGUCAUCGCUCAUAUCCAACUGCUCCAACUUCAUCUUGUAUGGGAUACCAGAGCCGAUGGUGGGGUCCCCAUGCUGCAAUGCAGUGGUGAGCUUGAACAGCAUUGCGGAUUCGCCAGAUGAUCGACGGUCCGUUUGUAGGUGCUUGAUGGGCCUCAUCACAACGUACAAUCCAAAUUCAACGGCUAUAGCUACUUUGCCUGGCUUCUGUGGCAUCUCUCUUGGAUUCACCAUAGACCCCAACACAGACUGCAAUUCCAUUCCUUGAUUGGGUAUUACGAAGAGAGAUAAAGGGUUUGAGAAAUAGACAGAGA